AUGGAGGAGGCCAUUAAGGCUGUGCUGCAGACGCAGAAGACGCUGGAGGCAGCCAUGGCGGCCCUGGUCACCCGCCCGUCAGAGAACAAACUGACGCCGCGGGAUGUACUGACAAAAAUGACUCCUGAGGAUGACGUAGAAGCCUACCUCGAGUUGUUUGAACGUACCGCCCACCGAGAAGGCUGGGCCCGGGGAGACUGGGGGGGCAUCUUGGCGCCGUUUCUGAUCGGGGAGGCCCAGAAAGCCUGCCGGGACCUGACCGAUGCAGAGGCCGCCAACUACCACCACCUCAAAGCAGCCAUUCUGGCGCAGUAUGGCUAUAGCUUGCCGGCUAAAGCCCAGCGGUUCCACCAGUGGGCCUAUAGCCCCAGCCAGCCAGCGAGAGCCCAAGUGACAGCCCUGAGCCGCAUCACCCGGAGCUGCCUGGUGGAAGGAGAUGGUCCCGCCCUAUUGGAUCGAGUGGUGCUGGACCGGUGCAUCCGGGCCCUGCCCCCGGAUGCGAAGAGGUAUGUUGCCCAACAGGGCCCCCGAACACUAGAACUAUUAAUUGCCCUAUUGGAGAAUCACCAGGUCACGCAGGAGAUGCUGCGGACCAGCCGACCCGACACGGUAAGAGGGACAGCCGGGGGAUACAGGCUGGAGAAAGGCCCCGCCCGGAGAAUGGCUGAACCCCUGGAGCCGCGACCGCUUGGGCGCCCUACAGCGCCCCCAAGGGGACCCCCGGAAAGACGCAGGUGCUAUACCUGUGGAAGAGAAGGUCACCUUGCCCGGGAUUGCCCCGACCGGGAUGAGCCCAUGCCCACCGCAGAUACGUCGGAGCCCCCGGUGUUCCCGUGCCGAUACAUCACCACCUGCUGGGCACAUGAGGGAGCCAGAGCCCCAACAUUUCCGGUAACCAUCGGCGGACGGGAUACCGAGGCCCUACUUGACUCGGGCAGUAUGGUGACCCUCAUCCGGCCGGAGUUUGCGGGGGACUCCCGAGGUAAGGCAAUUGCCGUGGCCUGUAUUCACGGGGACACUAAGCAGUAUUUCACGGCUGACAUUAUGAUGACCACCCCCCGAGGCUCGGUGGCCGUCCGGGCAGGAGUCGUGGAGAACCUGCCCGUCCCUGUACUGGUGGGCCGGGACUGUGCUGUAUUUGGUAGGUACUGGAAGGAGUCUCCAGCGAACCUCGAACCAGAGGGCAGGCGCAGACCCCAGAAGAGGCGACCCCAGCGCACCGAAGGGGGUACUCAACCGGCCUGGGCUGGCCUCUCGGGGGACAACCAGGCAGGACCAACGGAUGCUGCGGGUGAGGGGAGGCCACAACCCGGCCGUACUAAGGAGACCACCGCCACCGCAUCAGAGGCCGUAGCCGAGAACCCCGUCGGCCUGGAGGAGGUAGGCUCGGAUGAGACCUUCACUGAGUUUGCACCACAGCCAGGGAGCCAGACCGGGGAGCAGGGUCGCUUUGGAACCGCGCAGCUGCAGGACCCCAACCUGACACAGGCCUGGAGGGACGUCCAGAAGAUCGAUGGGCAGUUACUACCGGGGAGGUCCCCUUCCACCGCAUCGCCAUGGACAUCGUGGGCCCCCUUCCAAGGUCCAGCCGGGGGCACAAAUAUAUCCUGGUCAUCAUGGACUACGCUACCCGGUUCCCAGAAGCCAUUCCGUUGCGGACGGCCACCGGGAAAGCUGUAGCCCGAGAACUGUUCCUGCUGUUCAGCCGGGUGGGUAUCGCGUCGGAGAUACUCACCGACCAGGGGUCCUGCUUCAUGUCCACCGUAAUGAAGGCGAUGUGCCACCUGCUGAAGGUGAAGCAGGUGAGGACUUCCGUCUAUCACCCGCAGACCGACGGGUUGGUAGAGCGGUUUAACCAUACCUUGAAACAGAUGAUGAGAAAAAUGAUCGAAAUAGAUGGUAAAGACUGGGACCAACUGUUACCAUACCUCAUGUUUGCCAUUCGUGAAGUACCUCAGGCGUCUACAGGGUUUUCACCAUUUGAGCUGCUGUAUGGGCGGCGACCCCGAGGAUUGUUGGACCUGGCCAAGGAAACAU